AUGAUUUCUGAUACAGUAUCGGAAAAUAGUGAUAAGAAACGAACGGUAAAAUUUGAGUAUACAGCAAAAUAUAAAACGUUAGAGCAAAAAGUUUCAUAUGAUGCACAAAUUCCAUUAACUGAUGAAAAUCCAAUCGAUGAAAUAAUCUCGCACAUUUAUGUGACAAAUAAAGUUUUACCAUUAUUUUAUGAAGAUAUUGCGGAUGCAUUUCAUCGUUUCAUUGAUGAAGAGACAUGGAAAUAUGAAACAGAAAUGGGUGAUGCUAUCAUUAAUGCAUUUUUAAAUGAAUGUGAUAGUGAAAAUGAUCCACCAUAUGUUCGAGAGUUUCCUGAGACCACAAAUGAUACAAAAUCUUGUGAUGCUCUUCAAUUUGCUGAUCAAUUCCAGUUUAUCAUGCGAAAUUUGUCACCUGAACGAUUGAAAAUAAUCAUCAAAUGGGAGAGAAAAAUGGAAAAUGAAAUGUCAUCGUUGAUACGUGCUCGAGAUUUCGAACUUGACCGAAUGUAUCGUAAAUGUGAGCAAGCAGUAAAUGCUAGUGUUACAAAAGAUGAUCGAAUGCUACCCGAAAGUGGACAACACUUAAGUCGCUUAAAUGAACAAAUUCGAGAAAUCAGUAAGAAUUAUGCUGAGCAAAUUCGUACCCUAACAUCACGUCAACGUCAAUUUUAUCGAAAUAUGAUCAAAAGUUUGUACGAACAUGAUAAAUUCCCAGCUGAAGCAGAAAGUGCCUUAUCUGGUGAUUUAAUUUCAGUUAAAAGGCCUUUGCCAUCAGCUUCAAGUUUGGAUGCAGUUAAAACAAAAGCUAACUUUUCCUUAGAUGAAAGUUUUACAAUAUAUCUCGGUGCUCAAUUAAAAACAAUGCAUAAUGUUCGAUUAUUGACUUCUCCAAGUUUAACAGAUCUCUGUCGUCCUCCUGUUAUCUCUGAGGAUGAUGCUUCUGCUACAGGACGAUUACAGAUGAAUCUUACUUUAUAUGGCAGAAAUUUAAGUGGUUUGGUACUUCUUGUAGAAAAAGAUCCUAUGUUUCAUAUCAAUGAACGAACAGAUUUUUAUAGACUCUGCGAACAUUCCACCGAACUUCAUUUUGAUUCACUUGAAGAUCAAUUAAAGCAAGUAUUACCAUUAAUUUCAAAAAUGAGAGAUGAUGUUCAUAGUGAAACAAAUGAUAAUAGCAAUGUUAAUAAUAAUGAUGAUGAUGAUGAUGAUGAGUCACAACUUCCAGUUGGUAGUUUGUAUGUUACCCGACAUUCCAAUCUUUCUUCAAUUCAGGUUGUCUAUCAUUUGGUUGUGGAUAAAUCAUUGGAAGAUGAUGAAAUUUCUAGUAGGCAUCCAUGUAUCAAUGGUUUACGAAAUGCUAUCCGAUUAUCAUCUAAAUUUGGUGUGACGACAUUCACUUUACCUCUGCUACUUGUUGGCAAAGCAAACGAGCAUAUGACUGCAAAUUGGUGUAUGAAGCGAGCUGAAUUAAUUUUCAAAUGUGUGAAAGGAUUUAUGAUGGAAUCAUGUUCAGGUAGCUCAACAGCAGGUGCACCUCCUAUAGCUACCACUCAUUUCAAUUUCAAUUUUGUUUUACCGGAUAAUUUGCAAGCAACCAUUUAUACUGAAAUUUUAGAGUUGUUCCCAACAAUUUUUCAUAUGGUACCAUCAGUUGUGAUGUAA